CGCCUCGGCGGCAGGGGAAAACUCACCUCGAGAGCCCUCGCGGCACGCAACAUGCCGGCUGCAAGUCCGUCAGUUCGAUGCCCGUCACUGGCUCUUGAUCUCCGUGCCUCAGAACACGUUAUUCCUACAGUUCGGUGAAGCAGCUGAUCAGAGACGCUACAGCUGUUUCUCUCCACCCGUUCCGCUGGCAGAGAAGAAAUUUCGCGGGGAUUUUGUAUUGGACGCCCGCCAUUGGAUGGAAUGAAUACACGUUACCCAAUGAACGAUGAUGUACCUAGAAACGAGAAUAUUCACGUAACUAUGUUGAUUAACGUGUAAUAAACUAUUUAUUAUUACACGCGAAUAAAAUAAAGUUAAGUGAGGCGGAGUUGAAGUGAUUUGGUUUGAAUGUUUCACCUUACGCCGGGAAUGUGUGGUAGUUUUCAUUUCCUGAGUGAUCGAACAAAACCGAUUUCAAAUUUGGGGGAAAAAUGAGAUCUAAUUUCUCAUAUGCCCUCCACCGUCGGGUAUGUUCGUGCUCCCGAACGUUACCGAAGUGGUCUUCGGUGGUCAUUUGAUCGUCUCCUGUCGCCGCCUGUGGCUGUAGAGUGGACGUGCGACAUAAUAGUUUCGAUUAUGUGAUGAAAGUGAAUAAACUCUGUGUUCGUAUGAAAACACAGAGCACAACGGUUACUGUUGACGUCGAUUUAGAGACGACAGGAACGUGUACAAUUUUUCCUGGAAGGAGGCACCACAUUAGAGGAGGAGCUGGCUUCUGAUCCCAGUGAUUGUAGGGUGAGCGCCCUCUUAUGGAGCUGUGUGGGGUGAGUGCUGCUGAGAGGCACAAUGGAAGCACUGGCGCAUGACCUGGCGAGUGCCCUGGAGGAGACUUCUGGCCAGUGUGCAGGCAGUGGGUGCAGCGAGAACAGCAACGUUGGAGGAAGCGCUGGAGGUGGAGUGAGAAGGCGGUGGGGCUUUCGCCGGAGGGCUCAGUCAGCUGGAAAUUUGCCUUUAGCCUGCAGCAACAUGCAGCCUUCGGGAGGUGGGUGUUGCAGCAAAGGCAGUGCUGCAGGUGCUUCAGGAGCAGAGGACUCCAGCAGCAGCACGGGCGGCACGCGAGAACGUCCAGUGGCAUCUGCCUUGCGCCAUUGCGUCAGCGAUUCUGAUGAAGAUGAGGAUGAAGAGCAUGGAAUGAUGGUUUCAUCCAGUUGUGGCCCAGAUAUUGUUGCAAGAAAAAGCGAUGGCGCUGCCUCUCUCCGUUCCUCAUCAGCUUUGACUGGUUCUGGUCUGGGCGGUUGCCUUUCUGUGUUGGCAGCCCUGGGACCUGCAUCGAGCCUCUUGCCCGAAUCGGAUUCUCUCAACGAGAACUUCUCUCCGACAGCUGUCACCCCACAUGCUUGCGUGCGCCGCAAGAGAAAGUUCAAACGAAUGGCUGUGGACUCCACUGCCCUCGCUCCCAUGCCCAGUGGAGCCCCCUUGCCAGUGCCUCGACCUCCGCCCAUCCACAAAAGGAAGUCGAGGAUGACGGCUACAAUCAGGAGGUUGGGAAGUUACGUCUUGCUGUGCGGGAAGCGCAAGCGAUCAGCAAGGGAGCGAGGUGGUUUACAUGCUGAAUACGAUGCCUUAAGUACUGCACCAUCCAGUGGCAUGUCCUCCAGUCGAUUUGAACGUCGCCGCACACGGCAUGUGCUUGCACUGCGCAAAUUGUCGCUCUCUGAUCCUGCUCCGAAAAGUAGCCAUAGUGUUGGCAACAGUGCUGGAGACCUUCUUAGUUCAUCAUCGUUGAGUAGUUCAGAAUCUGAUGCUGGCUUGUAUACAAAUGAUGAAGGUCGAGAAGGUGAUGAUGAGCAAAGUGACUGGGUGGGAGGUGGAGGCGGAGGCUGGUGGGAAGACUACGAUCCAGAUGAUGGCUCUCCGGAGCGUCUGCCGUCUGAUAGGGUUUUCGAUGCCAUUCUGACUGGCAGUCUUGCCCACAUGUCAGAAGAAUCUAAGGCGAGCUAUAGGAUGCGCAUGCAGGGCUUGAGCGAUCGUGAAAUACGUGCAGGUCGGCGACGUCUCCGUCCAGAACGGCCCGGGUUUAGCGUGCUCACCUCGGCCAAUGAGAAGCUGUCGCGCUUCCUCCAGGACUCCGCCCAGUCGGAGCUGAGGCUCCACCCCAUGCAGGCCCCCGAACGUGCGCAGCUCGGCCACCUGGCUGCCCUCUACUCGCUGCACAUGCGAACUGAUGCAGGCUCGCGUCCUGUGCUCACCAAGACCCAGGACACCAUGCGAGCAGUGAGAGUAGACCAGCUGGCAUCUGGGCUCUCGGGAAGCGCUGCUCGGCGAGGCCAUGGGCCAGCAUCUGCAGAUUUCAAGCGCCGGCGAAGACUGCCUCCGCAACAGCAGCUCCCAACUUCUGACAAUGCUCAACCAAUGGAAGUGGCAGCCGGAGUGCCUCCGCUGUCUGAGACCAACAUUGGCUGCCGCCUCUUGAAGAGUAUGGGUUGGACGCCCGGCCAGGGGCUGGGGCCCGGUGGCACGGGCACUCAGGAGCCCAUCACUGCCUCGCUCAGGCCACGCCUGCUUGGCCUGGGUCACUCGUACAAAUCCAGCUAGACUCCGCCCCGCCCUGCCCCGCCCCACCCUGCCCUGCCUCACUGCACCCCCACUUCACCCCCACUUCAUCUCUCGUCAGAUACUCACUUCUGCAUUCUAGAAUUCAGUUGGUAGUGUUUGUACGUUGGCUGAAGGGUUUGUAUUCUUGACCCAGGUAGUACAAAGGAAAGGUUGCCCAGUGCUAAUAUUCUAUAGUCGUGGACAUUUUCACUUCACAAUUGUCAGUGGAGCCAUUGGCAACUAGAAAUAUAUUUGCUGUGACACUAGUAGCAGGCAGAUAAUAAAAUAGAUAUUUCUGCAAGACUCCACCUCCACCUUCAGCUUUAUAUAAAGAGGGGGGUGUCAUCUCUGCUUCAUUUGUAUUUAAUACAAUUUCUUUGACUAGAUGUGACAUUUUUUAGGAGAUUUUUAUAUUGUUAUCAGAUUAAUUCUUGUGGAAUUAUUUCACCCUAAUAAAUUUGUUGUAAUCAAUGACUGCCAGUAUGGUUGUGUUAAAUAAUUCCACAAGAUAUCAGUAGUUUAGAGGUAUGAAGCAAAGCAUGCCAGAACUAACAGAAGCAGGAGGGCAGAGGGUGAAUAAAAUACAAGCAGUGCUUGUACCAUUUUAUCAUGAAUGUUGUAGGUUAUUGUAUUGUGUCCAUGACGUCUUGUUGCAUUAAUGUGUGGAAAACAAUUUAUAAAAAAAUAUCUAUAUUAAUAGAUUUAAAUUUCUUCCAAUUUUCAUAAUUAUGUUUAUAAGAUUUAAUUAUAGAGAAAUGCUAUCUUCUGUAAAAGUUAAUUGACAUGGUCAUUGCUCAUAUAGAAAUGUGUGCAUUGCUUUUGUUUAGACAAAGAACAGAUCUACAAUUGCAAGUUCUGUUCUCCGAAUUGGAUUGAGGAAUUAGACUUGGAAUUAUUGACUUCUUUGGAAGUAUAUGUAUUUGAGUAUGCAAACUCACUAGCAGAGAGAGAUGUUUGACCAAGGUACAAAUUACUACUGUGGCAAUGUCAGUUAACUUACUACCUUGUUAAAUGUACAUAAUCUUAUUGGUACCUCAUACAUACCAAGACAAACUAUUAAAUGAUUUGUUGUUUCUGCAUAGAAGUGUUUUGCUAAUGCAUCAUGUGCACACACUUGCUUCCAUACCAAAUCUGAUUUCAGUCAUCCAAAUGGUUUUUAAUUCCUCUUACGUCAAGUCACCAGUAUUCUUUUAAUCCAAUUAUACAACAUCUGGAAAAGCUAGUAUUAAAAAUCGCUGGAGUAAUGCUAAAUUAAUUUCCCAAUUCAUAAAACUCCUCAUUGUAACCACACUGAUCAUUUCUCCAAGAAGUAUUAACAUAACUCCAUCAAAGUCAAUCUUACAUUGUGCAACAUAAAUACGUAUUCAUUGGAAAUUAAAUAGAUGUACUGAACCAAAUAGCCUGGAGUAACCAUUCCAUGAGAAUAGAAAAUUUGUUGCUAAAAAUCUUUGUGAGAAAAAUUAAUACAGUAAAAUCUGUCCAAACCGGAAUUAAUGAGGUCAAAAAAUUAUUCCUCUUUAAGGUCUCUGUUGUCCCUUUUAUGACAUGUUUUUUUUAACAAUUGUGAAACUCGUAGAAUCACACCAUCUUACUGCCUUGUGGCUGCAUCUGGACUGCUUGCUGACUCUCUACCCACAAUGCGUCACAACCCAGAGUACUGUCUUUCUGAUACACUCUUAUUUCCUUGACCAAUGUGGCUCUGGCUGUGGAGAUAUGAUUGUCAAUGUGUCGCUGGUAAAUGCAUAAAUUCAAGCCACGGCCGUGCACCUUCGCACGCUCAAAGAGCCGGGAGAGGGAAUUCCUGUAUGCAUUGAGAGACUAGCGAUCCCCAAGACUGAAUUCGACGCUGACAACGCUGGAGCUCGAUACCGUCACUGUUCAGCUGCCAGAACUGAAACUAAUCGCUGGGAUGGAGAAAUUAAAACCAACUUGCAGAUGCAUUAAUGAAGACGAUCUCCCGUCUCUCUGUCAAAUGCAUUAAGUUUUCAGAAAAUUCUGCUUUAUGAAGGAAAAUCCUGCAGGACAAAAAAACGUUCAAUUUCUGCGUAAGAUUCUGUUUUAUGAUGUGUGUAAUGCCAUUUAACUUGCGGCCUGACAAAUUUUUCCGCUUAAGGCAAAUUUCCGCCUUACAUGUUCUGGUUUUGGCAGAUUUUACUGUAGUACAUUAAAACUUUUUAAGUUCUUUACAUAUCAAUGGGUACACCGUUUGACAAAUAUACAGAGAUCUUUGCCUCUCCCUAGCAAAUAAAAAGAAAUGGGUUUGUUGGAAAGUCUCCAGACAAUUUAAAACAUUUUAAUUCAUUACCUAUUUUUACAUGAAAAUAUUGGAAGCCUAUCUAUUAGUGUAUUAUCACUAUGUUCUGAAUAAAUCACAUAAAUAUUUGACUGGAAUGAGUCUGAUGAAAAUAUCUCUGGUUGCUACAAAGUUGAAAAAAGUAUAGCAAGAUGUAUUCCUUGUAUUUUAUUCAAUGUAUUCCUAGUCCAAUGAGAGAACAAAGUGGAUGGAAACAAAUGCAGGAGGGUAUGCCGAUUGGCUGCAAGACCACGAUACACCGUUUUAAGCAGGCGAAAUAAAAUACCUAUGUGAAAUUCCGGUAACUGUUUUAUACAAUAGAAUACGUGUAACGAUA